AUGCCCUAUGGCCGGCGUCCGUCUGUGUUUGUCGAAGAUCCGAGCGACCAAUCUGUUCUCGCGCGAUUGAAACGACUCGAAGACAUCGUCAUUGGGAGGUCGUUAGCCCCAGAUACGACGAUAACUGGCUCUGGGACAUCUCCACAUCUACCUCUGCCCAGGGGUAUUCCCUCUCCGAGCCUUGCCUGUCUCUCACCGGCAUCGGAAUACGAGCAGGCCGUUCACAGCCUGGAGGAGACUGGCACCCACGAAGCACCAUUGGUAUUUCCACGAGGCUGUGACAUCCGCAUAAUGUCCAUGCGCCAAAUCUCCCUCGAUUCUGAUAAGCCGACCCAUUUCCAGCAGGCCUCGAAGCGCCUGUGUCUUCCGCUGAAGGAGGAAGCGUCACUGUUACUAGACCACUAUUUCAGACACAUUGACGACCUCCAACAUGUCGUUCACGUUCCCACUGUCCGGAUGACGAUGCAGAAUCUGUAUUCUAGCCUAGAGCAAGGCCUCCUCGUCAUCCCUUCCGAAGUCGCGCUCUUGCUCAGCAUCCUCGCAAGUGCUUCAGCCCUUUGUGUUUAUUUUUUGGGAGACAGCCGACCGUCGUUCUCGACGUCUGAAGCUGCCCAAGCGUCCUCGUUCUGGACAAAUGCCGCGCUGGAAGUAAUAGAGUCCUCUCGCCGCACGAUCGCCAGACAAUUGGAGGAUGUCCAGGCCGCCGUCAUCCUGGGGUUUCUACUGUUCCACAGUGAAGGAUUCUCGACCAGAGCCCGUUGUUUGUUCGCCAGUACUGUGGCAAUGGCGCGUGAUCUUUCGCUGCACAGGAUCGACACGCCAGGCAAUGUUGCUAAUCAACAGACUGGCUUGGAGACUGAGAUAAAGCGUAGGGUAUGGUGGCACGUCGCGGCAACAGAUUGGUUGUUGAGUCUCAGUGGAGGUCCACAGGAAGGAACUUAUUUUGUCCAACCACGACAUAUGCGUGUGAAUAGGCCACGCAACGUCGAUGACGACGACCUUCAUCAGGACACCCCUCCUAUUGACAAACCCCUAUCCGAACCCACCAGCAUGUCAUACUACAUCCAGAGAAUUAAACUCGCUGACAUCUGCCGCAGUGUCGUCGACGUGAUGCCGCUGUCGAGCCUGGAGCUGGGGACCGUCAACUACCAAGAUGUGGUUACACUUGACAGGAAAUUCGAAGCCUUCUUCCAAGAGCUACCUUCGUUCUUCAAAGUCGACGAAUACCAUCUGCGCGAAAGCGAACCAGUCAUGCGUCGUUAUCCGCAGAUGCAAGUCCAGCGUUAUGCAUUGGGAAUGAUUGGACACACGAGACGCUGUAAACUCCAUCAACCCUUUCUCAUCCGCCGCUCUGUGGAACGCCAUUAUGACUACUCCCGCGAGAUAUCGCUGAAGUCGGCUCGAUCAGUCAUCCGGAUGAAGGGACUCCUUCAGCUAGAUGAGCCAGGAAAUUUUAUGGCAGUUAUCGCAAGGCAUACCGGUGUAGUCUAUCACAUUUUCAUGGCGACCAUUGUGCUGGUGAUGGAUCUGUGUUUCAACGAGGCUGCCGCAGGGGAAGACGACGCAGCACGCAAAGCCGAGGUCGCGGAAGCUUGCAAGACGCUGGAAGAUGCGAAGUCGCAGUCACGGAUGGCGCAUGAGUUUCUCGAGUCUCUUAUGGAUGUGCUCAGAAAGCACAAGGUUCGCUUGCAUGGAAUUAACGGUCCUUUAGCUGGGGAUGCGGCCGAGCAGCAAGCUCAGCAGUCUCUUCAGCCUCAAAUCCUUGCAGACCCUGGAGGACAACAAGCACCGCGGCCUUGUGAUAACUGGACUCCCGAAGAAGACGGUCAGCACCAUCUGUCAGAUUUUGACGAGAUAUGGAAGGACUAUGUCGAGUUGGGGCCGAAGAUGGGGAUGCCAGGCUGGGAUAGCCUCUUUUCCGACCUCGAUUCAAGAAUGUGA